AUGCAGGCCGUGGAGCUGGCGCUACGCGUGGCGGCCAAGACGGCGAUGAGGGACGUGGGGUCGUGCGCCAAAAUCUCGCUGAUCGUGCUCGAUCUCCUACAGUUCUCGAUUUUGGUAAUAACUUAAAGCAACUUUUUUCAAAAAAGCUUCGAAGUGAAUUAUUCUAACGAAAAUUCUCUGAAAUGCAAAAAAAAUCUGAUUAGAAUUAUAGUUUCUUCAUUGAAAAUAGUUCUUUCAGGUUCAAGUUCUCAGAAGUUAGGGACCACCGUGCCUACUCAUAUCGUCUCAAACCGUCACCGUUAUCGCCUCGAGUCGGUAGACGUCGGAUUUGAGAAUGGUCCGACUGUCCGGUUGCUCCGGCUGAAACUGCUCCGAACAAGUCUGCGAUAAGUGCGUUUAGAAAUAAAAUUGAACAACAUUUUUCCGCAUUUUAAAAUCAACAUUUUACGGGAAACAAAUCCAGGAAAAUUUCGAACGCCAUAACUCCACAUUCGUAUUCAAAAAAAGUCAUAAAUUUCUGUCUUUGUGUCCGGUUUCUUGAUUGAAAUCAGAUCAAAAGGGUCAACUUUUUAGGAUCCGUAGACUUUUAAUGUUUUAUCAAUACACGGCGACACCACGCAAGCCAACUGAUGUAAAAAAAAACAACGCCACGCGACGCACACGCGCACUCGUCUGAUGGGGCGCGCUUGCUGUUUUUCGCAUUUUUUUGUGAUCCUAAUUUGGCUUGGAAAAUUUUGUUUUGGGUUUUUCUUCAAAUAUAGAGCGUUUCACGAAAGUCCCCGCCAUAGAAUUGUAAAGGGCUCGCUCAUGUUUCGAUUGCUACCGAGCAUGCAUUUUUCAGUUUAGUAUACUGUUAGAAAACGAUGAUUACAAAUUUGGCUUGAAAAGGGACAUAAACUCAAUUUUCUCAUCGGCUAGAGCGAAUCUUGAAAAUCUGUCCCAUAGAAUUGUGCUCGAUGUUAUUGGCUACAGUUUGACAUCAAUUGCGGGAGUUUUCGUUUUGGGUGCUCAGAAAACCCGUUGAUCGAAAAAAUCACGGAAAUCAAAAAUUAUCUUUUUUUAGAUGAAUUUUUGAUAUUAAAUUGUUCCUUUUAACAAAUAAAUUAUGAUAUAGUAAACGCGCGGUCGCAAAAAAAUUUUUUUCUUUCAAGGAAAAAAAUCAGUUUCGAAGCUGUUUUGAGUCAAAUUCGCGAACGUCGUUUUUUUGAAUUCUUCAGUUGUCCGUAAAUUAAAUUUUUUUUAUUUAUAAUGAAGCAAUGACUUCUAAACUAAGUUUUAAACGCGGUUUUCCCAAAGAAAAAAUUUUCUGGUACAAGAAAAACCCCAUCUUUUUUUAAACCAUUAUCGAUUAGGUUUUUCUCGAUAUUCAGUCGGGUUCCCGUUACAUAAGAUUUUUUUUCUGACAGAACCUUGUUUUUUAUUGUCAGUUCGAGAUUUUCACCAGUGUUUAGAGGUCAGAAAAAAAUUUUGGAGGUUGCAAUUGAAUACUAUUUCUGAAAGGAGUUGUUUCUCUUCAUUUUAGUUCUAGAUGAAUUUUUUUGAAUAUUAAUGUUCUAGAAUGUUUUUUUCGGCGAUCUCUGAACAAGUACCAGCCAUAAAUUAGAUUUUAUUUAAUAUAAACGUCCAAUCUCGCUUUUUUUGCGCGUCGCUUUUCAUGCAUCGCGUGCACUGCGUACAACAUAUUUUAUUUUCCGGCAUUAUGUUGGGUAUGGCGUCGAUUUGGUGUCGCCGUGCAAUAUCGGAUAAAAUUUAGACAGUGACGUCAACAGUUCCUUGAUAGAUAGUCCUGCCGUCUCUCCGGCGACGCUCGUCGACUUGGCCGGUGAGUUUCUUCAAAACUUUGACUUUUUUGAUAAAAAAUGUUUUCAGAGAAGGUUGCCAAAAUAAACGCCGGAAAUUCUCGUGCGGCUCCAAACCACUCUGGACACUAUGUAUUUGUCAACUCGUGAGUUUUUCUUAAUUUUCGUCAAUUUAUCAAAACCACAGUGAAAUACUUUCUUCUAUUGUGAACAGCGGUUUAGAACUUUCGGAGCUUUUUUGGAGCUUGAAAAACUUCUAUAAGACUUAAGACUUUUGAGAUUUUAUUCCAAUUCAUAAAGGUUUUGGGAGUGACGCGAACUUGACGGGAAUCGAGAUGAAGAUAUUUUGAUAUGGAGAAAUUGAAUAAGAUGAUUUCCUCAAUAACAAGUUAUUCCAAUUGUUUUAUUUUUUUUACUCAGUUUGAAUACUCAGCGAGUACUACACCGCCGAAGCCGUCAGCAUCGAAGCCGAAAGUGUGGUUGCAUUACCUGCCGACGCCACUCAAGGCACCGGCAGGCCCACAAAUUUCUCUUUUGUGGUAGCAUCACUCUCCAACGGUCAGUGGCUUGAAAAUCUCAACAUUCCAAGUCGAAAACUCUCAGUAUGAAGUAAACUUUCCCGAAAACCUUACCUUAGGUAGAGUUUAUGUUUAUUCAGAACAAAUGCAUUUCUCAGAAACUGCUGAAAAUUCUUAAUAUCAUUCAGAGAAAGCUUUAGCUAAUAACUUUUGUUUUCACCAUAAAUUUUCUGUUCAAAUUUCGGAAAUUUCGAAGGUAUUUUUUCUGACAGAACCUUAAACGAGUACUUCACCGCCGAAGACAUCGAAAUCGAAAGUGCGGAAGGAUCACGUGCCGACGUCACUCAAGGCGCCGGCAGGGCCAGCCAUAUCUCUUCGGUUGUCAGUUCUGUUUCGACCGGUGAGUGGCUUGAAAAUCUCAACAUUCAAAGUCGAAAACUCAGUAUGAAGUAAACGUUCCGGAAAAUCUUACCUUAGGUAGAGUUUAUAUUUAUUCAAAACAAAUGCUUUUUUUCAGAAAUUGCUGAAAAUACAUAACAUCAUUCAGAGAAAGCUUUAGCUAAUAACUUUUGUUUUCACCAAAAAUUUUCUGUUGAAAGUUCGGAGAUUUCGAAGACAUUCCAAAAAUAAAAACUUCAGAUUCUUACGGGCCGGGUUCUCCACUCAUGGCUUCCACGCCAAUCGACCAGUCAGAGGCAAUUCCAGUGAUUCCCGCAGUGCUCAACUUCGACUCGUCUUUGGUAAAUUUAUAACAAUCAGCUUUCGAUUUGCACCAAAAAUCUGCGAAUUCUUCUUGGAAAAAGUUAUUAGCGUCACUAGGAAAAAACAUUUUGAAAAGGAGUGGCAAGUGGCAAAAAAAAGUAAACUGCCAUUCCGAUCACAUACGGAAAGAAAAACGGUCGAAAACGACGACAGUCUGAAGUUUGGUCACGACACACCACCUUGUAACUGGUUUUCUAACUUUUAAACAAAUUUUUUUCAAACUUCUUUCUGUUUUUCUAAAUAUUAGAGUGUCUCUAUUAAUUAGAUAAGUUCAUUAAGAGUACUGGAAAAAUUUAUUCGCUCGAAUAUUUGAUGCAAACUCAAAAAACGUCAUUUUCCCCUAUUUUCAAUACAAAAUAUUUUUUAAACGGCAGGGCCACGCCUGGCAUUGCCAGUAAGUUUCUUUAAAGUAUCCGCGCAAAAAUCAUAUAAUCUAUCAUGACAUCGAUUGAAUUUUUGAUUUUCUAUCGAUUGAAGAUUCCAAAUCAGUAUAAGAAUCAUUUUUGAUUAGUCAGCCAAAACAUGAUGUUGAUGACUUAUUGUUGGACUUGAAUUUUCAUUCUGAAGCUGUAAACGCGAAAUUUCAGCCGUGGCAGCGCAGACGGAUAGUACGGACAACCUUCUUUCAUCCGGACCUGUCCAAAAGCGUCUCAAUCAAACUUGACAAGGCCGUUUCUCCCUUUGGUAGGUAUCUCAUGUGGGGCUCAUUGCGACAAGUUUCUUUAGAACAACAUUUCUUUCAAAUCGAAAUGGAUUAAGCUGCCUUCACUAGCUUAUUAAUUUUGAGAAACACUUUCUCAGCUACGCGGAACAACGCCGGUUCGCUGCCGAUUCCACCGAACUCCUUUGUGCCGAGAGAAGGCGACGUCGUCUUUCGAUUCCCGCCUAACCAAUUGAGUGGUAUUUUUUAGAAUGUAAAAAAAAUAUAAAAAAUCCAAGAGAGUCAAAAAAUUUCAUUAGGCGCAGACUUAUUCUUCGCCAUUUUACAUUAUCACAGUUUUUCUAUGUUAUUUUUAGAAAGAAGAAAAAUUGAGAAAAAAAGGCUCGAAAAAUGUUAAGUUUUGAAAAAAAAGAGCGAAAACCGUUUGACUAUUUUUUUUUUCUAACAUAUGAAUUCAUCAUCAAAAUCUUUCAAAAAUCACAUUUUUUUGUUAUCACGGUUCUCUAUGUUAUUUUAUAUCACGUUCACGGUUAUUUGUGAACUGUUUAUCGGUUGGAACAUGUUGUUGGGUAAUAAUUGUUUUUUCAAGAUUUUUUUUUUUGAAAAUUCCCCGAUUCGGGUAAAUAGGAAUGCAAAUGGAUUUUAACAGGAUUAGAAACUUAGGAAAUAAAAAGGAAAACAAAAAGGAUUUAAAAAAAAUGGUUAAAAAGGAAUUUUCCAGUUCAGCCGCGAACACGCGCUCUGCAGCAUCCCUCAAGGGGUGA